AUGGUAGUAGGUGGAGUAGAAUCGCAUCUAGAUGAAGGAGGGUUCGGAGGAAAUGUCAGCACUUAUCCUUAUUUCGAAUUCAACGUUCCUCGAAAUGUUACCACAGCCGUGGGGCAGACAGCUUUUCUUCAUUGCAGGGUCGAACAACUCGGAGACAAAGCAGUAUCCUGGAUUCGCAAGAGGGACCUUCACAUCUUAACGGCCGGCAUCCUCACGUACACCUCAGACCAACGAUUCCAGGUGAUCCGGCCGGACAAAUCGGACAACUGGACUUUACAAAUCAAAUUCCCGCAGCUACGGGAUUCCGGAGUUUACGAAUGUCAGGUCAACACUGAACCUAAGAUGUCUUUACCAUUUCGGCUCAACGUCAUUGAAUCCAAAGCCAGAAUCCUGGGACCCACCGAUUUGCAUGUUAAAGCUGGAAGCUCCGUGACCCUCACUUGCAUCAUCAACCAAGGACCGCACGAUCUGAGCACUGUUUUCUGGUAUAAAGGACCCGAUAUCAUCGAGGUGUCUACCCCGCAUCCCAACGAAGCCGAACUUUCCCCACGGAUCACUAUUCAGAGUUUUUGGACUGACGGUUUGACAUCAAGGCUUCACAUCUCUAGUGCUAAAUUGGUCGAUUCUGGGAAUUACUCUUGUGUACCUACAAUUGCUGCACCUGCAAGCGUCAACGUACAUGUCAUUAACGGUGAACACCCGGCUGCAAUGCAACAUGGAAAUAAGAACACGGCAUCAUUAGCUCUCUCGCUCCACUGCACCCUUGUAUAUAGUAUAUCUGUCUUCAUAAUAAAACACAUCAGAUGAAACCUCUUGUAAUUUCUGCAUUUUUAUUUAUUCAUACCUAUCAUACAGUUAUU